AUGGCUACCCCACUCGCUACACCAUCUGCGGUUCUCAGCACAACGGCCCUCUUCUUCACAGGAGCUCUUGUUAUGAGAGGUGCUGGGUGUACGAUCAACGACCUUUGGGACCGAAACCUCGAUCCUCAUGUCGAACGAACGCGAUUGCGUCCAAUUGCUAGGAGAGCGAUUACACCUCAGCAAGCUAUCGUCUUCCUCGGAGGACAACUUAUGACUGGUCUGGCCGUUCUUUUAUCACUCCCGUUCGAAUGCUUUUGGUACGCGACACCGUCACUCAUUCUCGUUACGCUCUAUCCUUUGGCGAAAAGGGUAACGUACUAUCCUCAGUUCGUUCUGGGUCUUACAUUCUCCUGGGGUGCGAUGAUGGGUUUCCCAGCUCUUGGGGUCGAUCUUAUGGCGAACCAAGCAGCGCUUACAGCAGUAGCUUGCCUUUACGCUAGUAACGUUGCGUGGACGGUUCUGUACGACAUGAUCUACGCACACAUGGACAUCAAGGAUGAUGUCAAGGCUGGCAUCAAGAGCAUUGCGCUCAAACACGAAAAGGAAACUAAGAUGGUGUUGUCGGGUCUAGCUGUUGUUCAGCUCGGCCUACUAUCCGCUACAGGAGUCGCAGCAGGAUUAGGACCUGUCUUCUUCGUCGGAUCAGUUGGAGGAGCAGCAAUCACCCUAGGCACCAUGAUCCGGCGAGUGAAGCUGAAAGAGGUCAAGAACUGUUGGUGGUGGUUCGUAAACGGUGCAUGGUUUACCGGCGGUGCGAUCAGUCUGGGUCUAGCUGGAGAGUAUGUCGCUCACCUCCUUGGUUGGUACGGUGACGAUGGGAAAGACAUUAUCAAAGAUCAGAGCUCUAUCGUUAUAUAA